AUGGAGUUUACGAGUUUUCAUCAGCCGUCGUUGCAAAGCAUUUGGGAUUUUGGAGAGGAGGAGAGGGAUUCGUUAGGGUUUAUGGAGUUACUAGGUUCUCAGCACCAUUCACUCCUUCUCGAAACGCUCCAACCGCAAGCGCAACCGUUUGAGAAACUGUCUUCUUCUGAUUUAACUAUUCUCCAAGCCCCACCCUCAAAUGCGACUGCUGAUAAGUAUGUGACGUCGAAAGUGGAAUCUUUGUGUUCGGAUAUAAAUCCACCGGCUACACCAAACUCCUCGUCCAUUUCUUCGGCGUCAAGCGAGGCUGUAGACGAAGACAAAGCGAAAAGAGAAGAAAAUGAGGAACAUGAACAGCAGAAGAGUGAUACUAAAAAACAGUUGAAACCAAAGAAAAAUAGCCAGAAGAGGCAGAGAGAGGCAAGAAUAGCGUUCAUGACAAAGAGUGAGGUUGAUCAUCUCGAAGAUGGUUAUCGCUGGAGAAAAUAUGGUCAAAAAGCUGUUAAAAAUAGUCCUUUUCCCAGGAGUUACUACCGUUGCACAACGGCCUCAUGUAACGUGAAAAAGAGAGUGGAGAGAUCAUUCCGAGAUCCAAGCACAGUGGUUACAACCUACGAAGGUCAACACACACACAUUAGUCCACUCACGUCUCGUCCAAUUUCCUCUGGAGGCUUCUUCUUCGGAUCAUCAGGGGUUGCUUCAAAUCUCGGUAACUUUGGGUUUCCAAUGGAGAGCUCGACACUGAUAUAUCCUCAAUUCCAACAGCUUGUCCAUUACAACCAACAACAACAACAACAACAACAAGAACUGUUUCCUUGUUUUGGAGGAGUUGGCGAGUACGUUACUAGACACGCAGAUGCAUAUGGUGAUGAUGAACGUGUGAAGAAGAGUCGAGGUUUGGGCAAAGAUAAUGGACUUCUUCAAGAUGUUGUCCCCUCUCAUAUGUUGAAGGAAGAGUAA